CUUUAUCCACGUGCAUCUAAGGGCUAUGCCACUUAUGUAAUAACUCUGUCAGGGAGUGUGCAAUUUAGGUAAACUACAUAUGCCCGAUCUAAGAUGACAUCACUUUUCCCAAUUGGCAAGAUACACUAAUUAUCUAGGUUACCUAGGUGCACAAUAAUCUCCGGACCAUCUGCUCAGCCUUACAGUUGUCAGCAUGAACCUUGACAAAGACUGCAAGAUUUGGAAACCAAUGGGAAAGCAAUACAUAGGAAACUAAAGUUAACGCCUCGUAUCGCCACCCAUUAUUGAACACAGCAACAUCAGUGUAUCAGACUAUCAGUGUAUCACCCACUUCCGCAAAAUUCAUCUUGACCAAUUGACCAUGACGGACCUCCCGGGAUCUGAUCGAACUCUUCUUGAGAGGCUAAAUGCCCUUAAGCCUAGCACCGUCAAUCUGAGCCCGUCAUCAUCAAAGUUAGUUGCAGCAUCUACUAUAGAACCAGCCAAGCCUUUAUCCAAAGAAGAUGCUCUCACAGAAAGGCUAAAGAGUCUCCGAAACCAAAAUGAUAGUAAUAUCCGUACCACUUCCGGCUCAGGGAUAAGUCGUAGAGACGACGGGACUAUCACUUCGCCAUCUUCAAAUUCACCACCACAGCCACAUCCCAAUCCCGAAAGUUCAGGCACGGGCGUAGACGCGGCACAAACUUCAUCUGCAGAAGAUGUGACCGAAGACGAGGAUCCACUCUUCUACACUGACGACCAGACGCUCGAAGAGCUUCUUGCAGACCUCGAAUCCGACCAGCAAUGGCUCGAGGAGGUACUAGCUGAAGACGAGCAUCGCAGGGUAACUGCGCUACUCGAGGAAUUGGGAGAUGCCGCCAAAACCAGCCAGGAUUCAGAAAAGGAUCCAGAGACUAAAGGAUCUCGCAACGAAAAUGAAGGUGAAGACAGUAGCGACGAUGACUCCGAGGGUGAACGGAUGACUCGUGAAGCCGACGAUAUUCUCGCCCAGACGGCUGACGAGGUAGAAUACGAUCAGGCCAAUAAGCCUUCGUCUCAGCCUGCUUCUUCACCUACUUCACCAAGCCACACCGUGAAAGAAGGUACCGAAGGCGGUAAGGCAGCAAAUGAAAGUACACAAGCACAAGGGUCCAAUGAAGGCGACCCCUUUAACUUACCAGCGGUUCCGUCAGAUUUCCAGGACCAACACCAACGCGAUCAUCCCGACGCGUCCCAGGACGACGCCGACUUCGCAGCAUCUAUCACAUCUCGCAUGGCUGCGCUCAACGUCGAUAGAUCCACCGGCCCAGAUCUGCCGUCGGUACCAGCAGACAUCGAUCCUUUAGGCCUCCCUUCGGCGCCCACCUUCGCGCCAGCUGAUCGACCCGCGCCGGGGCUCAUCAAGCGGUUUGGUUUCACAGACGAGGAUCAGAAGACGUGGUGCGUUGUAUGUUUAGAGGAUGGCGCUAUACGUUGCUUGGACUGCGACGGCGACGUCUACUGCGCGAGGUGUUGGAAGGAGAUGCACGUUGGUCCUAGCGCAGGGUAUGAUGAGCGCGGGCACCGCUGGGAGAAGUUCGUCAGACGCUGACGAUCCGUGGUUGGUUAUUUUACGGUUAGGUUGGAUUAACAUCGUAGUUUUUGAGUUGCAACUAUACCUAGAUACCCUGCGCUGUGAUCUAUACUACCUACCUACCUAGGUACCUUUCCCUUGACGCCAUUCCCCGAAAAUGAAAUAGUAUCUGAAAGAUCUGCUAACUAGCUGAAUGCUUAGCCACGGAGGCCUCGACGGACUUAAGUCGCAUUAAUUAUUCUUACUAAAUUCGUUCAUGAGGUGAUUUAUCUCGCAAUUAUUUCCUUAUACGGAUAAGCAAGUAGAUAAUGUAGCUCUUGGCAUCAGCAAGCUGGGUACCUAGGUAUGUAGCGAGGGUGAGUAUGCCUUAACCGCAGUGAAUUCUGCCUUACACAUCAGGUGUAUUAAGUCAUCUUAGCUUACGAUCUAGGUUGAUGAGCUACGCAUUGAAGUUGAGUCAUAUAUACACUCGAGGGAUGGACAAAACAUAGGGAUGAUGGGUAAACUGGUUCGAACUUUCAAAUCCGAUAACUAACAGGUAGUAUACACUAGAACCCUAAACCCAGUCAUAAGAUAAUUCACUCGACACUCGACACUCGACACUAUAGCAUAGCCAAACAUACCUAUUCUUACAUAGAGUUCAAAGCAUAGUAUUUACUAGCGAACAAUGCUCGCCAGUCA